UCCUGAUAUAACAUCCUGUUCAAAUCCUUGCAUGUCAACAUUUUAUGCAUAACAUGGAUGCUGUAUUUUCUCAAACAGGUUUUCUGAGAGUAUGUGGGACGGUAGCAUUAGGAACUGUUAUAAUGUUGGUCCUGCGCAAGCUCCGACAGAAACCAAGAAAAGCCUACCCGAGUGACAUAGUGGUUCACCAUCAGCCGGGCCGGGGUCCAUUUUCUCCUAGUAUGACACCGUUUGCCGUAAAACUAGAGACCUUUCUUAGAAUGACAAAAGUACCAAGUAUGAAUGUUUAUGAUAGCAGAAGAAAUAGAAGCUCCAAAGGUAAAAUGACCUGGAUUGAAUACAAUGGAGAAGCAAUUGCAGAUUCAGAAAUUUGUAUUGAAUUCAUUAAAAAUAAAUUCAAUGUUGACUUGAACAAAGAUUUCACCCCAGAGGAAAUAGCGUCUGGUUUCAUGAUUCAAAAAAUGGUGGAAGAACAUUUGUAUUGGACAAUGACAUUGAAUCGUUGGGUGUACGAGCUCGGGUUAAGAAUUCACUCCAUUAUACCUCUGCCUUUUUAUAUGAGAUACCUCAUUUGCCGCCAUAUAAGUAAACAGACAUAUGCUCAUGGCAUAGGCAGACACAGCGAGGAGGAAGUUCAAAACUUCAUGACCCACGAUCUGGAGAACCUCUCCGUGUAUAUGGGAUCCAAAAAGUUCCUGCUUGGAGAUAAACCUUCUCAGGCCGAUUGCGCGGUGUUUGGGAUGUUGUCACAAUUCUACUGGGAGGGAUUUGGAGGCAAAACAGAGGAAGCAAUAAAAAAAUUUCCAAACCUAUGCAGUUAUUGUAAUCGAAUGAAAGCCGAAUUCUGGCCAGAUUGGGAGGAGUGCAUAACUCAUGGUGGAACGAGAAAAGCAACGAAAUAAGUCAACCUUUAACUUAAUAGAACUCCCAGUGUGUAUUGUCAUUAUAUGAAAUGUAUGUCGAUGUGAUAUUUUACUUCAACAUAAAAAUAAUUAAAAAAAUUAAUUUCGCAUACCUUUCAUACGUCAUGGAAUAAAGCGUUUUUCGUACAAUAAAUCCAAGAAUCCACA